CAUUCAUACAUCUAAAAACUAGUAGAUAGUGGUAAUGAUUGACGAAAAAGAUAAAAUAAUAUUUGAAUUAAAAAACAUAUAUUUAAAUCCUACAGCCAGUCAAAAUCAAACUAAUCCUGAAUUGCAAAUUUCUGGAACAUUGAAAAUAUGUGAAAAUCAAUUUGGACCUUAUCUGUUAUGGCAAAGAAUUAAUUAUAACAAGCACACCGAUGGAGAAUGGGAUUUUAUAAGUAAUACAGAAGCAGAUUUUGUACCAAGAUCCCCCUUUGUUAAAAUAAAUUGUGUUGAAGAUUCAAAUAUUGAUUAUCAUAAUAAAUUAGAUUCCGAUCACAUGGAAAAUUCUUUAUACUCAAAAGAUAAUAUAAAAUCAAUUGAAAACAAGGAAAAUAUUGAUCAAAUUAAUAAAAAUGAAACUUUAAAUGAUCCAAAUCAAAAUAAUUUGAACUUGCACAGAUCAAUUGGCAUUAAAUUUAUUAGAUUUGAGUUAUAUGACUUGCAAUGUUAUAGAUGCAUCACUCCUAAAUUCAAUUUAUCAGAUAAUAAUGAAGAUGUUAAUACUGAUAAGAUUGGUUCUGAAAACAUAUUGUAUACUGAUGAAAAUAGAUUGCCCAAAACACAAUUAAAUCCUCCUUAUUUUAUAUUUAUACUCAAAGAUGGCACAACAUAUCCUCCACUUCAAUUUUCAGAUAGCCACAAUUCAGACAAAUUUGUCCAAUGCUUGCUUAAUUAUUUAGAAAUCAAAAGAUCUUACAAAGAAAACGAUAUGUACAUUGUGAAGGAUCAUCGGGCAAUAGCUCUAGAAAAAUCAUUUAACGAAUUAAAUUUAUUCGGUGGUAAAGCAGACGAUUUUGUUUCGAAAUUUUUUAAAGACCCUUACACUACUACCUUCAAUGGAUUCUCUAAAGUUGCUCAAUUAGUAUAUGAUUCAUUGACCUUGCCCCAACCAAGCGAAGGUUUUAUCGAAAAUAAUUGUAUAAAUAAUGUUAAUCAUGAUAAUGGUAAAGAUAUAACACUUCUCGUCAACCAAAUAUCCUUAAACAAUAGAAAUAUGGACGUAAUUAGCACCGAUAGCGAUUUUCAAUUAGUCAAUUGUACUGUAUUGCCUAAUAAGCCCGAAAUACAAAGGAGUGACCCAUUGGGCAAACAAGAUUGGCUCAAGAAUUUUGAUUCGCAGGGCUGUUCUCUGCACACCGACAGAAUCAAACAAAUCAUAUUUAAAGGGGGCGUUUGCGAUGAAAUACGCAAGGAUGUUUGGAAGUAUCUGUUAAAUUAUUUUCCCUGGGACUCGACUAAUCAAGAAAGGGUAGAACUAGUCAAGACUAAAAAAGACAAUUAUUAUCGUAUAAAAUUGCAAUGGAAGUCUAUAGACGAGGAACAGGAAAAAAAUUUCAGCAAAAUCCGCGAAAGGAAAAGUUUGAUAGAAAAAGAUGUCCAUCGAACGGAUAGAACUCAUCCAUAUUUUUACGGGAAUAGAAAUCCUCAUCUAACUAUGCAAUACGAUAUCCUAAUGACUUACACAAUGUAUAACUUCGACAUAGGUUACGUUCAGGGUAUGAGCGAUUUAUUGACUCCAAUACUCGUGGUUAUGGAUGAUGAAGUCGAUGCCUUUUGGUGUUUCGUUUAUUACAUGGAACGAUUGCAAAAUAAUUUCCAUCUCGACCAGGAAUCCAUGAAAAUACAAUUGAUUCAACUUUACAACCUUUUAGCUUUCCUGGACCCACAUUUCGCGAUUUAUUUAGACAAACACGAAUCCGGAAAUUUGUACUUUUGCUUCCGGUGGCUGCUUAUUUUAUUCAAAAGGGAAUUCUCAUUCAAUGACGUGAUGAGACUUUGGGAAAUAUUUUGGACUGAUCUACCCGGGAAAAAUUUUCAUUUGCUCUUUUGCCUAGCUUUAUUGGAAGAAGAAAAACACACGAUAAUGGAAAAUAGGUUCGGAUUGACAGAAAUAUUAAAACACAUUAACGACAUAGCGAAUACGAUAGAUUUGGAAAAAACGCUAAAAUCUGCAGAAGCUAUAUGGUAUCAAAUUUAUGAAUGCAAGACGUUGCCUACGAAAAUUGCCGAUAUCUUAGGACUGCCCUUACGUCCAUGAAAUACUUUUUUUUAAACAUUGAUUUAUAGAGAAGUUUGCGAUGGCUAAUAUAUAUAUUUAUAGACUAAAUUUUACUAAUAAAUAAAAUUA